AUGUCAAUCACCUCACAUCUUCAACAUUUGAUUGUACAGUGUUCCGGCAACGUUGGUGGCAUGAAAGUACCGUCAGUAAAGUUGGAUUUGGACGGUGAACCUAUUUUCCUGAAACGACGCGUCCUCCUAUACGGUCAACGGGAAGGUGUCCUGAAAGCAUUGCAGAAAAUGGAGCAGGAUGGUGUGAUAAGAAAAGUUGAAUCCAGUACCUGGGCUACCCCGAUCGUCGUGGCGACGGAAAGUGAUGAUAGGACACCACGGAUCUGUGGAGAUAUUCAACCGACGUUGUAUCGCAGUUUGCGCAGAUGUGCAGCGACCACCAUGGAACCAGAAGAUUUCAUGAAGUUAUUGCAUUGA